AUGGUGCAGAACGAAGACGGCAAUUUGGCUAAGGCAGGAGAUCAGCAGCAACCACUGCGCCCCAACACACCGAUGCAGAUCGAACACUUCCCGCUACUCGAGCUACCUGACGAAUUGGUGCUACGAGUCCUCUACUUCGCCGUCGUGACCAGUUGCAAAGACAACCCAAUUCCCAUCUGCGAAUAUCAUGAUGAAGCUUCGCGGGACUGGGUCACGCCAGCUACUACACCCGCCAUCACAAAGACCUGUCACCUGCUUCGCAAAGAAGGACUCAAAAUGUACUACAAGCACAACGUAUUCUACAUGGAGGGUUGCUUCGACGGAAUGUUCGACUUCCAUGAAUGGGUUAUGACCAUCAGACCAGCCAGUCGUGCUCCUGUCGGCCAGAUCUGGGUCAGGUGGAUCCAGGGCUACAAACCAGAAUGGCGUGUGUGGGCGAAGUGGGUGAAGGAGCUGAAUUCCCACUCCAGAUUCAAGGAGAUAGUGCGUCCAGGUGCGCCAUGCAUUCCACGAGAGAAGAUCUUGGUGCUAUUUCGAAAGGGUAAGCUCGUGAUGGGCAGUGGGCGGAUGGAUGGCUGCUAUCAGCUGAAUGUAGGCGAAGCCGAGGGCUCAUUGAGCGAUGGCUGGGUAUCAAGCGCGCAAAUGCUCGAGAAAUGUCGCAAAGAGCCGUUGUGGCAGCCCUCGGAUGGUGGGGAGGACUUCUGGGUUUGCGACGAAGAAGAAGGCAAGGGGCAGGAAGGAAAGUCAGGACAUUGA